GACUCCUUAGAUGGUACAGGCUGUGCAGCUCUGCUGUAAUGUAGCUUCACUUAGCAGAUGCACAGAUGCUGAGCAGCCAUCGCACCACCAUGCUACUGAUAUCAUUCUGGAUGUGAGAUGAGAUCUCGCACACGCCAGGAGUGAUGGAGACGACUACCAUGUAGGCAGCAGCGGCACCAGACCAGCAGAAUGGGAAGCUGCGAGAGGAGCAGUGCUGGACCGCAACCCUGAGAACAGGAGUCCUGUGCAGCUCGGCUGGACGGGUUCAGCGUACCUGUGCCGUCUUAUGCGUUUCGCUCCUAAACCAGGGGGACUCCUCUGAGCUCCUCCAGAUCCUUGACUGGACAGCACUCUUCAUUUUGCCCUCAAUCUGGAUUAAGGAUUUCGCACGGAUCGCACCGGAACGAUUUGUUUUUUGGUGUUUUUCUUCGACAGCCCUCAAGCCCCAGUCCAGCACUGACUGUCCUUGAAAGCAAUACCAGUCACUAUGGGAGAAAUGACAAAUAGUGACUUCCACACAAAGAACCAAAGAAAUGAGGCCAACCAUGCAGGUGAAUUUGGCUGCUCCUUGCAGGAGCUACGCUCCCUCAUGGAGCUGCGUGGGCCUGAGGCUGUUAGCAAAAUCCAGGAGGACUAUGGGAGUACGGAGGGGCUCUGCAGGCGUCUGAAGACCUCUCCUACAGAGGGCUUAUCCGGAGCUGCUGCAGAUAUCGAGAAAAGGAAAUGGAUUUAUGGAGAAAACUUCAUCCCUCCAAAGAAGCCAAAAACCUUCCUACAGUUAGUAUGGGAGGCACUCCAGGAUGUCACUCUCAUCAUCCUAGAAGUGGCGGCCUUGAUCUCCUUGGGUCUUUCCUUCUACCAGCCUCCAGGGGAGGGUAGUGAAUCAUGCGGAUCCGUGGCCGGGGGCGCCGAGGACGAGGGGGAGGCGGAGGCAGGCUGGAUCGAAGGAGCCGCUAUUUUGCUGUCUGUGGUGUGCGUUGUCCUUGUCACUGCCUUCAACGACUGGAGCAAAGAGAAGCAGUUCAGGGGCUUACAAAGUCGCAUCGAACAGGAGCAGAAGUUCACUGUCAUUCGAUGCGGGACUGUCAUACAGAUCCCCAUUGCAGAGAUUUUGGUUGGCGAUAUUGCACAAGUCAAGUAUGGUGACCUACUUCCAGCCGACGGAGUCUUGAUACAAGGGAACGACCUGAAGAUCGAUGAAAGUUCCUUGACUGGGGAAUCGGACCAUGUACGGAAAUCGGUGGACAAAGACCCCAUGCUGCUCUCCGGCACUCAUGUAAUGGAAGGCUCCGGAAGAAUGGUGGUCACAGCCGUCGGGGUCAAUUCCCAGACGGGGAUCAUCUUCACGCUGCUAGGAGCCGGUGGGGAGGAAGAAGAGAAGAAGGAGAAGAAAGGUAAAAUGCAAGAUGGCAAUGUGGAGAACAACCAAACCAAAGCCAAGAAGCAAGAUGGAGCUGCAGCCAUGGAAAUGCAGCCCCUGAAGAGUGCAGAUGGGGAAGAUGCAGAUGAGAAGGAGAAGAAGAAGGCUAGCGUGUCUAAGAAGGAGAAAUCGGUCCUUCAGGGAAAACUGACCAAGCUGGCUGUCCAGAUUGGCAAAGCAGGUCUGGUGAUGUCUGCCAUCACGGUCAUCAUCUUGGUGCUGUACUUUGCCAUUGAUAACUUUGUCAUCGAUAAGAGGCCAUGGAUGCCAGAAUGCACACCUGUGUACAUCCAGUAUUUUGUCAAAUUCUUCAUUAUCGGAGUCACGGUCCUGGUGGUGGCUGUCCCCGAGGGCCUUCCUCUGGCGGUCACUAUCUCUUUGGCCUAUUCUGUCAAGAAAAUGAUGAAGGACAAUAACCUGGUGCGGCACUUAGAUGCUUGCGAGACAAUGGGAAAUGCCACUGCCAUCUGUUCCGACAAGACCGGCACGCUGACCACCAAUAGGAUGACCGUGGUGCAGGCCUACGUCGGAGACAUGUACUACAAGGAGGUUCCCGACCCUGACGCCUUGCCAUCCAAAACCCUGGAUAUCUUGGUCAAUGCGAUUGCCAUAAACAGUGCCUACACCUCCAAGAUACUGCCUCCCGACAAGGAAGGGGGUCUCCCAAAGCAGGUGGGCAACAAGACCGAAUGCGCCCUCCUGGGCUUUGUCCUGGACCUGAAGCAAGACUACCAGCCGGUCCGCAAUUUGAUCCCAGAGGACAAGCUGUACAAGGUGUACACCUUCAACUCUGUGAGGAAGUCCAUGAGCACGGUGAUCAAACUGGCCGGUGGUGGCUUCAGGUUGUACAGCAAGGGAGCCUCUGAGAUCAUGCUCAAGAAGUGCUCACACAUCCUGAAUGGGGCAGGUGAGCCACGAGUCUUCCGGCCUCGGGACCGAGAUGAAAUGGUGAAGAAGGUUAUUGAGCCCAUGGCCUGUGACGGACUGAGGACCAUCUGCGUGGCGUACCGCGACUUCUCUGCCGACUCUGAGCCAGACUGGGAUGAAGAAAACAACAUUGUCACGGACCUGACGGCCAUCUGCGUGGUUGGCAUUGAAGAUCCGGUUAGACCCGAGGUGCCUGAAGCCAUCCGGAAGUGCCAGAGAGCAGGCAUCACGGUGCGCAUGGUGACGGGGGACAACAUCAACACAGCACGCGCCAUCGCCAUCAAGUGCGGCAUCAUACACCCUGGGGAAGACUUCCUGUGCAUCGACGGGAAAGAGUUCAACAGGAGAAUCCGUAACGUCAAGGGUGAGGUAGAACAGGAGCGCAUCGACAAAAUCUGGCCCAGGCUGAGAGUGCUGGCAAGGUCUUCUCCGACAGACAAGCACACUUUGGUGAAGGGCAUCAUUGACAGCACACUGGUCGAUCAGAGGCAGGUGGUGGCCGUGACCGGUGACGGUACCAACGAUGGUCCGGCUUUGAAGAAAGCCGACGUCGGCUUUGCGAUGGGUAUUGCUGGGACCGACGUAGCCAAGGAGGCCUCUGACAUCAUCCUGACCGACGACAACUUUUCCAGCAUCGUGAAGGCUGUGAUGUGGGGAAGGAAUGUGUACGACAGCAUCUCCAAGUUCCUGCAGUUCCAGCUGACGGUUAAUGUGGUGGCUGUGAUUGUGGCUUUCACUGGGGCCUGCAUCACACAGGUGUGAUCCCCACUGAAAGCAGUUCAGAUGCUGUGGGUGAACUGAUCAUGGGACACUUUUGCGUCGCUGGCCCUGGCCACUGAACCGCCUACGGAGUCUCUGCUGAUGAGGAAACCAUACGGCCGAAACAAGCCACUCAUUUCUACCACCAUGAUGAAGAACAUCCUGGGCCACGCUAUCUAUCAGCUCACCAUCAUCUUCACCCUUCUCUUUGUGGGUGAAGAAAUGUUUAAUAUUGACAGUGGAAGGAAUGCACCGCUCCAUUCCCCACCCUCAGAGCAUUACACUAUCAUCUUCAACACCUUCGUCAUGAUGCAACUCUUCAACGAGAUCAACGCGCGCAAGAUCCACGGGGAACGAAAUGUUUUCGAUGGCAUCUUCAGGAAUCCCAUCUUCUGUUCCAUUGUGCUGGGAACAUUUGGUAUUCAGAUUGUGAUUGUGCAGUUUGGAGGUAAACCCUUCAGCUGCAUGCCUCUGGAGCUGGAUAAGUGGAUGUGGUGCAUCUUCUUGGGCAUGAGCGAGCUAGUCUGGGGACAGAUAAUAGCGACGAUUCCCACCAGUAGACUAAAGUUUCUUAAAGGAGCAGGCCGCCUUACUUACAAGGAAGAGGUGCCUGAGGAGGACUUGAAUGAAGACAAUGAGGAGAUAGAUCAUGCCGAGAGAGAGUUACGCAGAGGGCAAAUUCUUUGGUUCCGUGGUCUGAACAGGAUUCAGACUCAGAUGGAAGUCAUGAACUCCUUCAAGAGCAGCACCUCCUUUCAGGGGGUCCUGAGUCGCCAGUCGUCCACAGCCAGCCAGAGCCAGGAUGUAGUCCAUGUGUCUAGCCCGAGUCAUAUACGCGUCGUAAAUGCAUUCCGCAGCUCUCUAUAUGACGGCCUGGAGAAGCCAGAGUCGAGGACGUCCAUCCACAGUUUUAUGACCCACCCCGACUUCAGAACACCCGACUCCCAGCCAAGCAUCUCCCUGGUUGAUACCUCCGGGGAAGAGGAUCUGACGCUGCGACACAGCUCCAGCCAGCUGUCGUUGCCCAACAAGAAAUCAACCCCUUGGACAGUGGGUAUCUACCUGACCAUCGACACCAGCCGCUCUCUGGCCUCCUCCAGCCCCGGCAGCCCCCUCCACAGCUUAGAGACCUCCCUCUAGCCCUAGCCGCCAUAGCAAAAAUAAACUGCACGCGUGUGCGUGUGACCAAGCCAACGAGCGUGUCAGACACGUAUGAAGGUUGGGCUGGAGCAAUCCUUCACAGAUGACUUUUUUGUGCGGAUGGAGGGGAGCGACGGAAUUGUGGCGGAGCGAUGUGAAAGCUGAUUAACCCAGCCGUACCCUUCUUCCCGGGAAUAAAAUGACUGUACGAAUAAGAGAUGUAUUCUCAUUACUGCUCAUGCAUGAAUGUACAUUACCAUGUUUUCUUUAAUUGUGUUAGAGUUUAGUUAGGAUUUAAAUAUUUUAGUUUGUUUCAGUGGGAAGUACCCUGGACUGCACGUUUAAAGGCAGCUUAUCCAACUUUUCCGUUGUCUGUUAGUUUCGGAGGGUCUCGUGUGGCAUGGGCUUCACUGCAGUAAUUUAUUUAAUUAAUACACUGAAAAGUGUAUUAAAGUUGCAGGGCUCGACUUUCUCAAUGGAUUCGCAUCAGUCGGAGAAGAGACAUUUACAAAUGACAUUGCUGAAAAUAAUGAGUUCCAUAAAGAGUUUAUCUUCAUCAGUUCUUGGCAUGUUGCCUUGUUUCUGCUUCCGCAGUUGUUACUACUUUAACCUUUAACCUUUGUCCGGAAGAGGAUGUCGUUUGUUUACAGACCUGUAGGUACUUCCAGGUGUAGGUGUUUAGGGGCACGGCAACGUGCCGCAGAUGUAGCUGGAAUGGCUCAAGGUGUCGCAUACCUUUGUAACAUUGGGAGUGUAGGUGUUUUAUUAAAAAAUGUGUACUGAAAUUGCCUGCUACUGUAGAUAUUCAUAGAUGAUAAAGAAGCCAAUUAUAAUGGGAUAUAUU